AUGUUGCCGACAGACGAUUGCGAUGAUUGUAUGCCGGCAUACAUGAAGCGGAGCCUGGACUCUGUGCCGCCCUCUAUGAUUAUUCUCUCGUCAAUACCGCUUGCAUUGACAUGGGUCGCGGUCGUAGUGAUCGCGCAGAAGAGGCUGUUCCCGAUACUGUCGAGUGAGCAGGAGAGGAAGAGUAAGGAAGAGCUACCGGUUUUCAACAAGAAUGUGUUUCGACCAUCAAGCUACAACCUACACGGAUAUCUUGGAAAGCUUUCGGCACAAAAGCUCGCAUCAUGGGUCUUCUCUGCCAGCAUUGGACUUUCAGCGGUGUUGGUCGAGCUGCUGCUCUGUGAGAUCUCGGAUGUGCUCAGUCCAGCAGCAAGAGGGUUGGCGCUGAGGAUUACCCUCAGUUCGUUGUUAAUUCUGAGCAUUGUGGUCACGCCAGCGUUGGAGAUACAUGGGAUCGUAAAGGGAGUGCUCGGAUCACCAUCAGAUACGACUUCGACGCGCAGGACGCGACCGAGGUUGCGAAUUGGAUUGGAGGUUGUUAUCUUUGCUGGUUGGAUGCUGGUCUUCUGGUAUAUCCCGCAGGCAUCUGUGUUGAGGAGAUCGUUGCAUGAAGGCGAGCAAGGUCAUUCCGAGGGUGACCAUGUCUUCACGGAGGCUUGUUUGGAACGCAUUGGUAUCAUCGGCAUAUCACUCAUGGCUUCGCUAUCUGGCUUCGCAGCAGUAUCAUCCCUUUGGCAGACAUUUGGCAUCCGACAGAAUUAUGUGAAGGAGAGCGAUGUGUCUCGCAAAGCGGCAGGUUUGGCUGCUACCGAAGAGAUGCUGGCAGCAAAGCAGAGCAGAUUACGAGCCCACGAACGGAAGAUGUCAGAAGGCGCAGCACUAUCCGAGCAGAAAGGCUUCGUUGGGCGCAUGAUUGGCUCAGUAAAAGGCUCGAAAGAGACACAGGAGCUCAAAGCGCUGCAGAUGGAAGUGUCUGGCCUGGAAACCAUGAAAUUCACGUUGUCGAACUCGCUAUCGCACCUCCGAUCACGACACGAAGAACAAGAACGCUCGAAGACCAGAUCUGGACGCCUGCUCAACAUCGCCAAUAUGAUCUUCGCCGUCUACUGCGCGUACCGCAUUUUCGCGACAUCGCUUUCGUCCCUGCGGAGAUGGUGGAACCCGUCGCAUUCUUUCGCGACGAGUGAUCCUAUCAACAAUGUCCUUGCGCUUCUGACAACGCACUGGGACAGCAACCUGGAUCGGGAUGCAUGGUCACGGCAGAUCAGCUUCCUGCUGUCUGGAGUCAUGCUCCUAGCAUCCUUCAAUGCGGUCCUGCAGACUUUCCGGCUGUUCGCAAGGUUUGCCCCUGGCUUACUACAGCAUGCGCAAACUAGCUUGCCAUUGAUCAUCUCGCAGAUCGCUGGCACGUAUGUCAUCAGUUCUGCUCUGCUGUUGAGGAGCAACUUGCCUCCAGAAGUGAGUAGUGUCAUCUCGGAAGCGCUAGGUGCGCCGCUAAAAGGUCGGUUCGUGGAAGGAUGGUUCGAGAGCUGGUUCUUGGUUGCGGUCGGUUUGACGGCGACUGGUAUCCUGAUUGGUAGAAAGGUUGGAGGCCACGAUGAUGAUUGGGACGAUGAUGGAAUCGAGAUGGGCACAAUCACUCACGAAAGCAGCGGCGAGGCAACAGUCAUCAUGGCGAACAAGCCUUCACCAGUCGCUUUACAGGUAUUCGCUGUACCUGAGCUACUCGAGAACAUCUUCAAUCUCGUGGACGACCCUAUCAAGCUCUUCGUACUUCAAGGUGUCUGCAAGACUUUCCAAGCUCUCAUCGUCAGCUCCACAACACUUCGCCGACGCAUGUGCCUCGAGCCCGACCUAUCGCUGAUGAAGCUAAAUGACUUCUUCGAAGACAAGCGAGUGAUCGCUGUUACCGCACCCUUCCAUUUCAAGCGCCUGUCGCCGGAACACCAUGAUUGGAUCGAUAGACAGAUCACCGGAGACGAGUCGGAGAACAGAGAGGCAAUAGACAUGAUACUGUCAUGCCAUACGCUCUACCACCACCGGAAGUCGACCGUCGACGGCUCUGUUCAUGAGGCAAGACGCGCGGUGAAGAAGGGUUCUUGGCAGUCCAUUAGGGUUGACAUCGACAUGGUCCGUUCGCACGGAAUCUUGAGCUGUGAUAACAACUACUGGACGCCUACCGAUUCACCACUCGAGCCGCACGCUACUUUGACCGAUUUGGUGAACAAGGCUGUGGUCACCUUAUGCACGGGCUGGGAGUCGCGGAACGAGCACUGUCUCGAUGAAGAUCACACAACCUACAGAUAG